AAACAAAAACAAACAAACAAAUGAUGUAGUCUUGCCCAACAGGUACAAUAAAAGAUUGCCAAUGUGUAGAUGUGGGCCUGUGUAAGGGACAGGGAUGGGGAUAUUCUGGCUGCAGCGGAAGCUCUAGGGGAAUGUGAGAAAGCUAUGAGUGGGAAAACUGGCAGGGAUAGAAAUGAGGCGGUGGGGAAACGGUGUGGAGAUUCACAACUGAGGAAUGACCACAGCCGAGCUAUUUCAGGAGUGGGCAAGAUGGAGACCAAUUCCUCUCUCCCCAUGAACAUCUCUGGAGGGACACCCAGAGAUGCCUAUCUCGUCCUGGGUAUCUUCUCUUAUCUGGUAUUUGCAGUCACCUUUGUCCUCGGGGUCCUGGGCAACGGGCUUGUGAUCUGGGUGGCUGGGUUCCGGAUGACGCACACAGUCACCACCAUCAGUUACCUGAACCUGGCCAUGGCUGACUUCUGUUUCACCUCCACUUUGCCAUUCCCCAUGGCAUCGAAGGCCAUGGGAGGACACUGGCCUUUAGGUUGGAUCCUAUGCAAAUUCAUUUAUAUUAUAGCGGACAUCAACUUGUUUGGAAGUGUCUUCCUGAUCUCCCUUGUUGCCCUGGACUGCUGUGUUUGUGUCUUACAUCCAGUUUGGUCCCAGAACCAUUGCACUGUGAGCAUGGCCAAGAAGGUGAUCAUUGGGCCCUGGGUGCUGGCUCUGCUCCUUACAUUGCCAGUUAUCAUUCGUGUGAAGACAAUACCUGGUGAUUGGCCAGGGACAGCAGCCUGCCCUUUUGACUUUUCACCCUUGACCAAUGACCAUGAAGAGAGGUUGAAGGUGGACGUCGCCAUGUUGACAGUGAGAGGCAUCAUCUGGUUCAUCAUCUGCUUCAGCGCACCCAUGUCCAUCAUCACUGUCAGCUAUGGGCUUAUUGCCACCAAGAUCCACAAGGAAGGCUUGAUUAAGUCCAGUCGCCUACGGGUCCUCUCCUUUGUCACAGCUGCCUUUUUUCUCUGCUGGUUCCCAUAUCAGGUGGUGGCCCUCGCACUCACCAUCAGAAUCCAUGAGUUAUUACUGUUUGGCAUGAACAAAGCAAUGACAAUUGCAAGGGAUGUGACAAGUCCCCUGCCCUUCCUCAAUAGCUGCCUCAACCCAAUGCUCUACGUCUUCAUGGGCCAGGACUUCCGGGAGAGACUGAUCCACUCCCUGCCCACCAGUCUGGAGAGGGCCCUGACUGAGGACUCUGAGCAGACCAGUGACACAGCUAUCAAUUCUACCUCACCUUCUGUAGAGGCGGAGUUACAGGCAGAGUGAGGAGGGAGCUGGGAGAUACUUUCGAGCUCUCAGUUUCAACUUCGUCUCACCUUGAGUUAGGCUGAGCCACAGGUAUUUCCUGCUUAUUUUAGGGUUACCCACUCAUCACAAAAAAAAGCCUUUGUGUCCCCUAAUUUGGGGAGAAUAAACAAAUAUGAGUUUAUUAUUGA